CCAUAUUCCUGUCUCUAGUCGACUGGUCCAGUAAGCUUUCGUAAAAGUAACUCAAUUCAACUGCAUAUCAUGCCGGAAAUUCGCAAGGUCUGCAAGGUCAGCUUGGACAAGCCUGCUGCUGAGCAGCCAACUUUGCAUAACAGAUGGCACCCGGAUAUCCCAUUUGCGGGCACUAUUAAAAAUGGAGAGACCGUCAAAAUAGAAUGCGUCGACUGGACCGGUGGACAAAUCGGCAACAACGACUCUGCAGACGAUGUUCGCAAUGUCGACCUGACCAAGAUCCACUACCUCAGCGGCCCCUUUGAGGUAGAGACGGCUGAGCCGGGAGACCUCCUGCUGGUCGAGAUCAUGGACGUUCAGCCGUUUGAGGACCAGCCAUGGGGCUUCACGGGCGUCUUCGACAAGAGCAACGGGGGAGGCUUCCUUGACGAGAUAUACCCCUCCGCAGCCAAGGCGAUCUGGGACUUUGAGGGCAUCUACUGCACAUCAAGACACAUCCCGCACGUCAAGUUCGCCGGCCUGAUCCACCCGGGCAUCCUCGGCUGCGCGCCGUCCGCCGAGGUCCUGGCCGAGUGGAACAAGCGUGAGGGGGAUCUCAUUGCUGCCAACAAGCUCGAGCGCGACGUGGCCAAGCCUCCCGAGCCGGUCAACGUCCACGCUGGCGCCGCCGAUGCCGACCUCACCGCCAGGGUCGGUAGGGAGGGCGCGAGGACGAUCCCCGGUAGGCCCGAGCAUGGAGGAAACUGCGACAUCAAGAACCUGAGCAGGGGUAGCAAAGUAUACCUGCCUGUUCAUGUAUCCGGUGCCAAGUUUAGCGUUGGGGAUCUGCACUUUUCUCAGGGUGAUGGUGAGAUAUCCUUUUGCGGUGCUAUCGAAAUGGCCGGCGUCAUUACUAUCAACUUCAAAGUGAUCAAGAACGGGAUGGCGGACCUCGGCCUAAAGUCGCCCAUCUACAUCCCUGGUCCAGUAGAGCCUCACUUUGGACCGGGCCGCCACAUCUACUUUGAGGGCUUCAGCGUGGAUCAGCACGGGAAGCAGCACUACAUGGACGUCACGGUCGCUUACCGUCAGACAUGUCUCCGGGUGAUCGAAUACUUGCGCCGCUUCGGGUACAGCGACUAUCAGAUUUACCUGCUCAUGUCAUGUGCUCCGAUCCAGGGGCACAUCGCAGGAAUCGUUGACAUUCCCAACGCCUGUACCACUUUGGGCCUCCCUAUGGACAUCUUUGACUUCGACAUCAGUCCCUCGGCAGUGCCGGCUAAGAAGCUAGACAUGGGCACUUGUGCCUUCGAGACUGGCGUGAAGGAGGGGAAAGUGACAAAUGGUGGCGAGAACAGCGAGCAUUCUUUUGGUGGCGGCAUGACAUAUAAGUCAUAAUGUGUAAGAUUCAAUCAGGGUCGUGUCUUUUGUCGUACCAUCAUUUUACUCCUACGCAAGCUCGAACCGACUUAUGAACAGGCUGUAGGGUAGACGGUAUAUCACAGUACGUGUCAAGUUAUAGGAGGCACUCGGCGUAUGAGUAUUUCCAUAUAGUCCAACCUAUUUGUCCUCAAUUUGCUCAAAACUCUGGUGCCCAGUUUUGUUACUGUGCUCAUUUGCUCCCUUGACGUCACCGAGCCAGUUGCAACCCGGGACCAUGCACUGAAUGACGAUAGUGUUAGUGUCAGUGUAAUAUCCGGACCUUUGAAGUCUCUCUGCGAGCACUCUGGCUCUCUUGAGUGCUGAGUCGUUGCCAAUAUCGAAGCGCACAAUAUCCGUUUCAUGAGGAUAGUCGGGCCCAGGCGCUAGCACAAUCCUGUCGUAAUGAAUGCCCGAAUACAGCACUAGACAUCGCUCCGUCUUGUCUUCACCGUGUGGAAAUACCUCCAAAGUCUGACAUCCACCGCGACAAUUUGUAUGUCGUAGAUGGCACUAAGUACGGACAUCUCGAUUGAUCCCCCCCAAAAGUCUCUACCUCGCAGAUUGGCAACGUAAUCUUCGGGUGACUUCUCGAGAGUGGCUCUAUUGUAGGUGUCUCGAUGGGAGAGAAUGUAUUCGGCAAUCUGGUUGCGCAAAAACGGCGCCGGGUCUCUCACCUGAGGGACCAGAGCGGCUGAAAGCGCAGUGAAGAGACAGCUGUUGUCGUCGGCCAUAACUCUGAGCACCCAUAUACCCAUCGUCCAUCUCCGGCCAAGGAACCGAGAGGUUGUCAGGUCUUUUAGGAUCAGACUGCCCUGAGGAUGGAGUAGCCGUUGACUCUGCCGCAGCCAGCUCUGCGGCCAUCAAGGAGUCUCGCUCAACCAGUUUCGCCAUUUCUCUGCUCCUCACAGCCUCAGGGGAAGUGUCCUCGAUGGGAGUUAACGUGAUAGCCGAGCCGUUUAGAUUCAAAGCACCAAGACUUAUGUUCUUGUCGCUAAGAUCAACCACGGCGGGAGGAAACCCGGACUUGAGCACAAAACAUGGAACGCCAGUCUCCUUUCGGAGGUGCUCGAUAAAUUGCCCUGCAGUCCAUGAGUCCUCGGCCUGGACUUGUAAAGUACCCUCGGGAUGUCUGACCCUCACACGUACCCCUCCCAUUUUUAAAGAUAGGCGGAGGUUUUGAAGUGAGCGGAAUAGAGCCCUUUUGAGGAUGUGGUGAUUUGUGCCUCUGUCUUAGUACAGUACGAUGCAGAAAAGUCUAGAGUCGUAACCAGUCUCUCGGUUCUUCGUUGUUGGUUUAUAGGGUUUUAUAGGUAAGGAAAGGUAGGAUCGCAGGGUAAGCAAGGGCGACGAGAGGGUUCCACCUGCGACCGACCAAAUGACGCAGGUGCUGAUCAAUCAAAAGCUUCAACAAAAGUCUGUCUAUAGGUAGGUAACUGGGUAGGUAGUGAAGAACAAACCAGAAUGUAAAGCGUAUUUUUUUGCUCGAAAUGACAGCGACUAAACCAUAUGUUUCUAUUGUAAAAUGUCACCGCCGUCGUUGAACAGAUGUGCCGUUAGG